GACCAAAGUACAUUGACACCACGCCGGAACGAUUGUGGAAUCGGAACAAAUUCACGGUUACGUUAUCCGUUGACGCUUAAGUAUCAACAGAACCAGUGAAUCCUACUAAGAACCACUAAUUUGCUAAUCGCUUCUAUGGAGCCGUCGAGCGUGAUCCCGUCCUCUGAAGAGGAUAGAUGCGGAGAGUGCAACGGUGUGCCGUACGACGAAAUGGCGCAAUGCGAUUCGUGCAAGCAGUGGUUCCAUUUUGACUGUGUCGAUGUGAGCGUCGAUACAGUCGCCGAAGACUGGCAGUGUCGCGCCUGCCACCCUCCACCGCAACAAGCGAAGCCAGGUACCGAGGACAUGAGUGUGAUCACUCAAGAAAUCAACGCCCUAAGGUUAGAGCUGGCUAACCAAAGAAAGCAGUAUCGAGAAGAGCGAGCAGCGAUGGAGGCGGAAAUCAGCCGGCUGUCAUGUGGACAGCAAAACUAUUCACGAUCGCAAGAUCGAAACGCCUUAGAGGUUAGGAACCUCGGAGCUCAUUCCACGAGGCGCUUUUCCACGUUCGAAAACAUGCACGAGUUGAGCCGUAGCCAGGUAGCCGCGCGUAAAGUGGUCUCCGGGAAACUUCCGACGUUCUCCGGUAACCCCGACGAAUGGAGUAACUUCAAAAGCCGUUUCGAUACUACUACCCGUAUGUGCGGUUUCACUGAUGAUGAAAAUGUGUUGCGGCUGCAAGAGUGUUUAUCGGGGCGUGCACUAAAAAUGGUUCAGCGUCGCUUGAAUCAAGCAGAAAACGUGCAGCAAGUGAUGGCCGACCUCGAAAAGAUGUACGGGCGGCCAGAAGUAUUAGUCGAAGGCAUCCUGCAACAGAUUCGCCAAGCCGCUUUGCCGAAAGUAGAGAAAAUGCAGUCGAUGAUAGACUUCGGAGUCGCCAUCGAGGAACUUUGUGCCACCAUUAGAACGCAGGGAAUGCACGAGCAAAAUUACAAUACAUCGUUGCUAGCAGAGCUCGUUGAACGGCUUCCGCCCUACGUGAGAUUAAUGUGGGGUAUCCAUCGAGAAACAUCCCUGCAAAAAGUAACUCUUGAACAUUUCGGCGCUUGGAUGCGUACCAUCACCAACGCCGCCAUAUCUGUAACACCGCCACCCUCGCAGGAAGUAACAAAAACUAGCGCUAGAGUGCACACGCAUACGGAGACGAAGAAGAAGGAAUCUUCAUGCGUCAUGUGCCAGAAAAACGAUUGUCCUACAGGAGCGGACUGCAAGAAAUUUAUUUCAUCCUCCAUCAACGAACGUUGGGGCUACGUACGGAAACAUCGCUUGUGCAGAACGUGUGUGUUGAGACACUCCGGCCGCUGUAACGUCUCGUCGCCGUGUGGCGUAAACGGGUGUUCCGCCUAUCAUAAUAGUGCUCUCCAUGGUGAACGUCCGAGCAAUCCGAAUUCGACUACUGUUCUCUCUCACUCUUCUAUAUUCCAGGGAACCCUGCUUCGGUACGUGCCAGUAGCGCUUCACGGAAAUGGCAAAGUGGUACGAACCUUCGCGCUUCUGGACGAAGGUUCGUCAGUGACCUUAAUGGAUCACGCCCUAUUGAAUGAGCUGCAGCUGGAAGGAAAACCUGAACCAAUUUGCCUUAGCUGGACCGGUGAUCAGAAGAGAGAUGAGCAUCAGUCGCAGUCAGUCGCGAUCGGAAUUUCAGGAAUCGACGCCAUGAGCAAAACGUACGUUAUGCCCAAGGUACAUACCGUCGCCGAAUUAGCGCUGCCCGCUCAAACGCUAUCUGUACCGCACCUCGCCGCAAAAUACGCUCACCUAAGGGAAACAAAAACUAGGAGCUACCAUCACGUCGCUCCCAAGGUUUUGAUCGGGAUGAACAAUUUCCACCUUACGCGUCCUCUAAGGACCAUCGAAGGAGCAGUAGGAGAACCAUUCGCCACUAAGACACGCUUAGGUUGGGUCAUCUGCGGUCCACACGAGCCAAGUGCGAUAUCUUCGGUAAAGCCAAAAGGUAUCCACUUGUGUACGUGUAGUGAAGUCGACAUGAAGCUGGACGAAACCCUUCGCAAGUACUUCGCAGCCGAUAACAACAACAUCUACGGCGACCGCGCAAAGAUGCCUUCUAAGGAAGAGGAACGAUCCCUCAAACUGUUAGAAUCGACAACAAGAUUCGUAGGGGACCGUUUUGAAACCGGACUGCUAUGGCGCGCAGAUGAGGUGACUCUACCAGACAAUCGACGAAUGGCUCUGAAUAGACUGGAAUGCCUAGAAAAACGUCUGCGACGGGACGAUGGUUUGACAGAGGUCAUCAACAACAAAUUGAAGGAGUAUCAAAUAAAAGGGUAUGUACGAAAAAUCUCCGAUGAAGAACUAAUCGCCACUCGUAACAACCGUAGGAAAUGGUAUUUGCCGAUAUUCCCCGUAUGGAACCCCAACAAACCCGGGAAAGUACGACUGGUUUGGGAUGCAGCCGCUGCAGUACGAGGCGUUUCCCUGAACACAAACCUCCUGACAGGACCAGAUCUACUAACACCCUUGCCAUCAGUACUCUUUCGAUUUCGCGAGUAUCGAUAUGCAUUCGCAGCCGACAUUCGCGAAAUGUAUCACCAGGUAAUGAUACGUACAGAAGACCAGCACAUCGCGAGCCAGAAGAAUUUGUAAUGACGAGAAUGACCUUCGGCGCCACGUGUUCGCCUAGCAGCGCCCAAUACGUGAAAAAUCUAAACGCAGAUCGCUUUAUCGCAAAGCUUCCACGAGCAGUACGAUGCAUAAAGGAACAACACUACGUCGAUGAUUUAUUGGCUAGCACCGAAUGUGAAGAAGAUGCCGUAAAACUAGCUAACGAGGUACGAGACAUCCAUGCACAAGGCGGUUUUCAACUUCAUAAUUGGUUGUCAAACUCGAACCAGAUAGCGAAUAACCUCUCGGGUAACGUGGCAGAGCAGCGUGAGUUUAACUCAGAUACGGUAUGCGCUCAAAAGAUUUUAGGGAUGUGGUGGAACAUACAGUCUGACACGUUUAGCUUCAAGCUGAUUCCUAAACAGGAUCACGAUAUUUUAGAAGGACAUCGUAUACCGACCAAACGACAAAUACUGCGCGUGCUCAUGAGUAUAUACGAUCCUCUCGGACUACUAGCCGGAUUUCUGUUAUACCUGAAGGUUAUUCUGCAAGAAGUUUGGCGCGCAAAUAUCGGUUGGGACGAGGAAAUACCACACGAGCUAUUCCUGAAAUGGAAACAAUGGCUAGACGGCUUAACCAUCGUUCAAAGAAUCUCCAUUCCUCGCUGCUACCGACAACACAUUAAACUACAAGGCAUCGAAACCCAGCUACACGUGUUUGUAGACGCCGGUCGAGACGGAUACGCAGCGGUAGCCUAUCUUCGUUUUCAGUGUGGAGAGCACACCGAAGUGUCCCUGGUAGGCGGUAAAGCAAAGGUGUCACCGCUGAAAUAUAUGUCGAUUCCACGAAUGGAACUUCAAGCGGCAGUUAUAGGAUCCAGGCUCGCCCAGACAAUCCAACAGUCGCAUGAUCAACGAAUUGACCAACGCUUUCUAUGGACGGACUCGCGCGAUGUUAUGUGUUGGUUACACUCUGACCACAGAAAGUAUAGUAUCUUCGUUGGACAUCGCGUGGGUGAGAUAUUGGAGAAUACGACCGUCAGCGAGUGGCGUUGGGUACCAACUAAGUUAAACGUAGCGGACGAAAGUACAAAAUGGAGCAAUUUGCAACAACACGUGAAUUCGAGCCGCUGGUUCACCGGACCAGAAUUUCUAAAGGAAUCUAUCACAGAUUGGCCACCCGUAGAGUUCCUCGCUAAGGAAACCGAAGAAGAAGCGCGGAAAACGGUUACACUACACCAAGCCUUAGAGCCGAUUUUUUCCUUCGAGCGUUUUUCCAAAUGGAGAAGGCUUCUACGCGCUAUCGGAUACGUAUGGCGAUUCAUAAACAACGCAAAGAACCCUUCGACGCGAUGCGGAGCUGCGCUUACGGCCAAAGAACUUCAACAAGCCGAGCGAUCGAUUCUACGCGAAGUUCAACGACAAGCCUACCCCCAAGAAUAUUACAGCCUUGACAAGCAGUCAGCGAACGAGAUGAAGCCCGUAAGUCGGAUUAAGCGUAGCAGUCAGUUGUACAAACGUUCUCCCUUUAUGGAUCAAGAUGGAAUCCUAAGAGUUACAGGUAGGAUCGACGCCUGUGUCUUAGUCGAUCCAACCGCUAAAAGGCCGAUUAUUCUUCCGAAAUGCAGCGUAGUGACGGAUCUAAUAGUGGACGAUUUUCAUCAACGAUUUCGACACGCGAACCACGAUACCGUCAUCAAUGAAGUACGAACGAAAUACGAUGUUCCAGCAUUACGCAGCGUUUGUCGACGUGUACGAAAGGCAUGUACCUUCUGUCGGAUCAGAGAGACGAUACCUCGUACGCCAGUCAUGAGCCAGCUUCCUCCAGCACGUUUAGCAGCAUACCUCAAGCCAUUCUCCUUCACCGGCAUCGAUUACUUCGGCCCAAUCUCUGUUUCGAUGGGUCGCGGAAGAUCAGAGAAACGAUGGGGUGUGCUCUUCACCUGCAUGACUAUUCGCGCGAUUCAUAUCGAAGUAGCGUCCUCGUUAUCGACCGAUGCGUGUAUUCUCGCACUAAGGAACUUUAUUGCCAGGAGAGGAACCCCUAAUGAAAUCCUAAGCGACCAGGGCACGAACUUCGUAGGUGCCAGCAGAGAGCUGAUCGAAGCCGCCAAGAAUAUCGAUUCGCAAAGACUCGUAGAAGAGAUCGAUUGUCCCAACACGACAUGGACCUUCAAUCCUCCCUCCGCACCGCACUUCGGAGGAUCCUGGGAGAGGAUGAUACGUACGGAACGUCAUCCGGUGUAAAACCGUUGAUUCCGUUCGACGAUUCCUCGGCGACACUUCUAAACACCUGGCGGACAUCACAAGUGUACACAAACAUGCUGUGGAAGAAAUGGUUGAAGAGCUACCUGCCAACACUCACGAAGAGAACGAAAUGGUUCGAGCCGUGCCGUCCAGUCGCAAUCGGAGACCUUGUGCUGGUGGUGGACGAAAAUCACCCUAGAAACUGCUGGCCUCGGGGUAGAGUGGUGGAAGUAGUGCAAUCGCGAGAUGGAACAGUUAGGCGGGUAACCAUUCAGACCGCAAAGGGCACGCGAUUAGAACGACCAGUAGUGAAGGUAGUAGUGUUAGACGUCGGACAUGUAAAUAGUACCACGGCAAUGGAGCCGUCGCACGGGGCGGAGUGUCAACAAUAACGGCGCUAUUGUUGACAUGUCCGACAAAACGUCAAAUACGCGCUUCGGGGAAUCCGUUACGCACUUACGCAACGGGAGAGACAAUGGGAGAGAGAAUGAGAGAGAGUAAUUAGAAUAAAAGGAUCGUAUUCGUUGCGUGCGAUGAAGACGAAUAGAAAAGAAGCACAAAACGGUACGGUUUUUAGCACAGCUUAAAAAAGUGUCGCCUGUUUCCUUCCAUAAAUAGUAUUCGUGUCAGAAAAAUUACUCCCUGUUCGCGCCGCUGCGAACACCGCUCAUUGAAAGAAAUGACUACGUGUAUGUUGCUGAAUGCGAAGCUGGAUAAAAAGUAUUGGGGCGAGGCAAUAGUUGCUGCUAACUAUCUCCAAAACAGAUUGCCAUCACGCGCAAUUGAUCGUACACCAUUUGAAUUGUGGUUUGGGACCAAACCUGCCCUUGACCAUUUACGUGUGUAUGGAUGUCCAGCAUACGUUCACAUACCACGUGUGAAACGGCACAAUUUCGAUGACAAGGCUAAUAAGCUUAUUUUUGUAGGAUAUUGUCUGGAUCGUAAAGCUUAUCGUUUCCUGGACACCGAAACAGAAGAGAUAACCAUCAGUCGGGAUGCUCGUUUUUUGGAGUUGAGAGAGGGAUCGACAAACUUUGAUAUGUCUAUUCCGAAUACCAACGAUGUUACACCUGUUUCCAGCUACGUUCGAAUAUCGUGCCAUCU